UAUGCAAGAGGCUUAGCUGCUGUAAUCUGGUUUGGGACAUUUAUUGUUCCAGCAAUCUUGGUUGGCACAUCUCAACGAUUUUUGGCGACCCAGUUUCUUAUUGCGAUUUCACCAAAUAUGUGCUUGUUCUGGGGUUUUAAUAUAAUUGCAACCUGGGAAUCUCGAGUGGUCGGUAUCAAAUGGUCAAACAUGCAAGAAUAUGCGAGUGCAACCCACUCGCUGAAUAUGGCGUCCAUGUUUUCAAUGCUAAUUUUUAACAGCAUAUUUUACUUCCUUCUCACUGUGAUCAUCCGUCAUCCUCUAAUAGCAAAUAGACGGCUGAAGAAACCUUAUCAACUUCUCUACGAUGCAUUAUAUGACGACACCAAGUUUCCAGAGCUGAUCCGUUUUUUCAAAAAGGGUUGCAAGUUUAUCAAAAAGUCAAAAGCAGUUGAUCAUCCAGGGAAAGAUGUUCAGUUCGAGUCGCCCGUGGGUGCAUUGAGGAUGAAGGUUUUGGACGACAUGGGGCUUCUUCACUCGGAUAAUGCAAAAUCACCAUUGACGGAACCAGUGGAACAACUCGAUUCCGCCAAGGAAUGUGGAGUUAAAAUAAGAAACAUGACAAAGAGCUUUAAUUUGGAAAUGAUUAAGGGGUUCACUUGCGAUUUUUAUGUAAACGAAAUUUCCUGCAUUUUGGGAGAUAGUGGGAGUGGAAAGACAAUUUUGAUAGACAUUUUACUUGGGGUAAUAAAAGGGGAUGAAGGAAUUGCGUAUGUGAAUUCGUAUGACAUCAACGACUACUUGCCCGACGUGAAAAGAAGUGUAGGAUUCUGUCCUCAAAAGAACAUGUUAUUCGCCGAUCUUUCAGUUAUGGAACACUUGCUGUUAUUUGGAUGGUUAAAAGGGAAAGAUUGGAGCUCAACAAUGGUUCAAGCUCGACAUGUCGCAACCAUACUGAAAUUAAAUGACGCACUUAAGACGCCAGCAAAAAAAUUAACAAAAUCCACUAAACGGUUACUCUGCUGUGCGAUUGCUAUGAUGGGGAACCCAAAAGUAAUUAUUUUGGACGACCCAGUUCACGACAUGGAUGUGGACACUUCAAAAAUAUUUUGGAAUGCGCUGCUGAAAUACAAAGAAGGAAGAACAAUAAUUUUUUCGUCAGAAUCCAUUGAAAACGCAGCAGAUAUUGCAGACAGAAUUGCCAUAAUUAACGAUGGCAAACUUCGUUGUUUUGGGACGCCACAGUAUUUGAAUUCUGUUUUUGGAGAUGGGUAUACAAUCAAACUUAGCAUUGCAGAUAGUGCUGAAAGAUUGGUGCGUAUGAUCUGCUCAGAAAUGGAACAUGCUCAUGUGAAGAAUAGAACUCUCACGGUGGGAGGCGAAGAUGUGACAUUUAUUGUCCCUCAAGCCUACGCAUUCCUUUUCCCAAGACUAUUUUACCAGUUGUACGAUAACAAAGACGCGUUGGGGUUGAUCACUGUCCAAAUUGACAGUUUGUCCGUCGAGGACGUGUUUCACAGUGUCCAUGAAAUGCGUGAAUUCAAGCAACAGCCACUAACUCCAAUUUUAAACGUCAAGAGCUCUUCCAGUACGGACGUUUCCAAUCCAGCCAAAAAAAGCCAAUUUUCAAAUUCUUCAUUUUUCAUUGGAGCAAAAUCAUCUGGGUGUCGUUUGGCAUUUAUCAGAUUUUGGGCCUUGCUAGUCAAAAAUUAUCGGCUUUCCUGCAGUCAAAUUAACGUCUUAAUAUUUCAGGUACUAAUUCCAGUGAUAUUAAUUAUUUCUGGCGUGAAUGGGGCCAAUAGAGCAUUGAGAAAUCAAGAUAUUCGACGGUUUGGUCAAAUUAAUAUUGGACUGGAUGGAUAUCGAAACCCGAUAACUCUUUACGGGAUGACCCACAAUAGGCUUAAGAUGCUAUAUCCGCUCGUGGUUGGAAAUUAUUCCAAUCCAAUCAUUCCGCAAAAUAUUAAAAUUUCCGACGCAUUGUUGGAAGCUGGAGAGAAAAACAUUGCCAAGUAUCGUCACAAUUAUCUCGUCGCUGCCAACGAGACGAAUUCAAGUAUAACGGCCAUGUACUCGACGGUACCCUUCAAUUCACCCCCUUUAUCAUUGAAUCUCGUGACAAAUACGAUCCUGAGAACCGUCGUCUACCCAAAUUCUAAGCAGCGAAUAAUUGUUGAAAACCAUCCACUAAAGAACAGCUCAGGAGCUGAUGAAACCACGAGCAGUGUAGCAAGUGAUAGUGGGGGAGCAGCCUUAUUGAAGUCCUUGUGUUUAAAUGCCUACGCGUUGGCUCUUAUUUGUGCAAUGGUAGCUGUGAAGCCGAUGCUUGAAAGGGUUUCUGGGGUAUCCUAUACUACGCUAUAAUUAAUUACAACGCACGCAAUUACACU